AUGUCGAGGUCCCUUACCCCGACUCCCGCCAGCCUUCCUUUGGAGAGGAGCUGUCAGAUUGCCCAGUUCAAGUCUCUUUCGCCUCGGGAGAUGCAAGCCUUCAAAAUGGCUAAGGAUACCUACGAGAAGUCCAUGCUUCAGAAAGAGAGGAAAUGCAGCUCCAGAUUCUUCCACAGGGCUUGGGACUUUCGGCAACUACAGCCAGCAGAUCGUCCUGUAGUCUUAGAGGCUGAGCUGAAACUGACUCUGGAGGUCUUGAAAGGCAUCAAAAACCCUGAAAUGGAGGAUGUUCUGACUCAACCCUUACAAACCCUCAGCCACAUCUACCGGGAGAUCCAAAGCUGUGUUACUCCCCUGCCCUCUAGAGGACACAAGCUUCCGGGAGACCCAAACAAUUGGCUACACAGGCUCAUUGAGGCUGGGAAGAAGGAAUCUCAGAGCUGUCUAGAGACGUCAGUCAUGCUCACCCUCUUCCGACUCCUGACACAAGACCUCCGGUGCGUGGCAUAUGGCGACCUCUGUUAA